AUGGGCUCGCCUAGGCGGAGAGCGGCAGGAAAGGGGGCGAGUCUAGGGGAGAAGGGAAAGGAGGUGGUUUUUGAGCGGAUAAAAGUGGAUGAGAAGGCGGAGCAGGAGGGUGGAGGGGGAUUGACGAGCACGAGGGAUAAGCAGGCGUUUGCGCUUUUGGUCCUUCUUUGUGAACUCCAAGGGAUCCCCCUCGGCCUCACAUUCGGCACCCUCCCCUUCCUCCUCAAACCGCACCUCUCCUACUCCCAACUCGCCAUCUUUGCACUCUCCACCUGGCCCUACUCUCUCAAGCUCCUCUGGUCCCCCAUUGUCGACGCGUGGUUUGUGCCCAGAUGGGGCAGACGGAAGAGCUGGAUCGUGCCCGUCCAGGCCGUCGUGGGGAUGGGAUUGUGGUGGAUCGGGGGAAGGGUCGAAGGGUGGUUGGAUGCGGAAGAGGUGGAUAUACGGUUCGUGACGGGGGUAUUUGGGAGUUUGAUCUUGGCGGCGGCGACGCAGGAUAUCGCCGUGGACGGCUGGGCUCUCACAUUAUUAUCAUCCCCAAACCUCUCUUAUGCCUCUACGGCUCAGACAAUAGGUCUGGGAAUAGGUAAUGCCCUGGCAUUUACCGUCUUCCUCGCCUUCAACUCGGUCGACUUUUCAAAUCGCUACUUCCGCUCCCAACCCCUGCCAUACGGCCUUCUCUCCCUCGGUUCCUACAUGCGCUUCUGGGCCGUCGUGUUCGCACUGGUCACAUUCUGCUUGGCCAUGUACAAGACCGAAGAUCCGGUCAGUGAGGAUGACCCUGAUAUGGACGUCAAGAAGGUGUACAAGGUCAUGUGGAGUAUCGUCAAGUUGAAGAACAUCCAAUCCUUCCUCCUCAUCCACCUAGUCUGCAAGAUCGGUUUCCAGGUAAACGAAUCCGUCACCUCGCUCAAACUCCUCGAAAAGGGCCUCUCGAAAGAAGACAUGGCAGUCGCCGUCCUCCUCGAUUUCCCGGCCCAAAUGGUCGCUGGCUGGCUGGCCGCGAAAUGGGCGCGUCCGACGCACAGCGGGCCCGGGGGUGGAGGUGAUAAAGUCCUCCGGCCGUGGGUGUGGGCGUUUUGGGCACGGUUGGGGAUGGCGGCGAUUGCGGCGUUUGUUGUGUAUGGGUUUCCGAGAGGGGAGGUGGGGAAGGGGUAUUUUGGGCUGGUUGUGCUCACGACGCUUUUGUCGAGUUUGGCUAGCACGGUACAGUUUGUGGGGAUAACGGCGUUCCAUACGCAGAUCGCCGACCCGCUUAUCGGCGGAACGUAUAUGACUCUCCUCAAUACCAUCUCCAACCUCGGCGGCACCUGGCCCAAACCCCUCAUCCUCCGCUCCGUCGACGUCCUCACCAAAGCCUCCUGCUCCAUCGGCGGCGAAGAGUGCAUCUCGGAGCAUGGGAAACACAUGUGCGAGAAGGUCGGCGGGCACUGCGUGGUUACGCAGGAUGGGUAUUAUAUUAUGAGUGCGGCGUGUGUGGCCCUGGGCGCGGCGGUUUUGGUGGGGUUUGUGUUGCCUACCGUGAGGAGGUUGCAGUCGUUACCGAUGAGCGCGUGGAGAGUCAGGAUACCGGAAUAG